AGCCAACAUAUUUAUUUACAAUUGCCAAUUAUUGCAGUGAGUCGUAUUCGCCGCCAUCGAAAUGGCUUUCCAAGUAUGCCAGGUUUUUCUGUUAAUCGCUUUGUUGCUCCCCUCCUUUGAUGGGAUUACAAAAUCCCAAGCCACAAAGCUCUCCAAACACGGCGAAGUUUACCGCGCGAAAAGUGAGAUCGACUCACUGAUCUACAAGUUGACUUUAGAUUUGAAAUCUUUUAACGAAAAGGAAACUAAGGCCACGGCUAUGCAAAAGGAUGCCGCGAAAUUGGCUCGUGUUGCCAAAGAAGAAAUCGCCUUGGUAAGACCAGUUCAACAUCUUUUGGUAAAGCUCUCCAAGGGGAAUACUUCGAGUGGAUAUCAACCUUGUAUGGCCUGGUCAGGCGGUAAAAUACCGAUACGAAUUGAUGCGGUAUCCCCACUGCUCGAAAACUUCACUAUAAAUGUACCAGGUAAAGAUAAAGAUUUUUUGCCUCGAAUUUAUCAAUUAGAUAAAGGCAUUCAUGCUUCUAUUUUUUUUCCCGCAAAUCGAAGCAAAAACAGUUCUUUUGAGACCUACUUUGAGCGAAGUCAAGCCAACUAAUGUAAACAAUAAGAAAUAGUAAAUUCGAUACAUUUGCGUUUUGAACUCUCAAAAUUUAACAUAUAACGAGAGGAGGGAAGAAGAAAGAAAUCUAAAGUGAGAAUAGCAACAAAUUAUUCAAAGUUUCAAAACAGUUGCUGACCUCUUUAAAUACUCACUAUAUGAAUUCAGCCUAAUGUUCUGCCAGAAUAUCUACUGUAAAAAUUAGUGUGGAAGAACCAUGAAUAAAUAAUAGCUCGUUUUAAUAGCAUGUGAAAUGAGGUAAAACAAUUUUUAAACAUCAGUUAUUUGUGUCACUCAGCCACAAAUCAUGCUAUCGCACAAACCUAAACAUAAAAUAUAAUUCUCAAAUGGGUAUUUCCUACCUUCAUAUAUCAUAGGAAAUUAUCUGCAUCCUUUUUUCAAGGUAAAAAAAAUUUUCCCAGAUUUGGUUCUUACCCUUGGUCAAAGGUGGAAUACUUUGAAUGACUUGCGACAUUGAUUGGCAUGAGUCUUCUCUCCUCAGUGAACCACCGAGAGAUGCUAGACCGCGGACGACUAACACGUGAAGAUGGCGAAGAUUUGCAGGUCUAUUACCAUGACAACGGGCGGCAACCGUUCCAAAUUGACCGCGUUAUCAGUGGCCUGGGAAAAAAAUCAGCAACUGUCCACUUUCGACUGCAGGCUCCGAUAUCAUCCAACACUGCUGAUGACGUGUCUUAUUUUUUGGUCCUCGGUACUUCGGUCAGCGGAAGUGCUAUGGAUGAUCCUGCCAAAGUGUACGCAUUUUUCGACGAUUUUUCGAGUGCGACGUUAAAGCAAGAAUGGGUGAAAAACUGGGGGAAAUGGAGCGUGCAAAACGGGAGGUUGCUGGGAAGCACAAUGCAGAGUAAAGAUUUAACCAAAGAUAAUAUUGAGGUCGGACUGUAUCUCAAAUCAGGUUUUCAGUGGAAAGAUGUUAUGGUAGAGCUUGACUUCAUGGAGACUGGAAAGAGUAAGACCGCUUCUGGACCAUUCCUGCGCCUGAGCGAUGUGAGCCUCAGCAAAACCUCAGGUUGGUGGUUUCAGUACUACCCAGGUCAUUCUGACUCUUCCUAUCUGAGACCCCAAGUGAAUAAUAAAGAUGGUGGCGAGUUAAUCAAAGGAAAACUACCCACAACCUACAAAUUGAACAAAUGGUUCCACUUCAAGUAUCGAGUGCUUGGAGACAGGUUUUCACAAUGGGCGAAUGGCAAAAUUGUACACGACAACAUCAAAGUUAGCUCCAAGUGGAUGAUACCAGCAGGAACAUUUGGACUGGGAUGUCAUCACUCCCCCUACAACUGCAAAACCUUUUAUGACAACAUUAAAGUGACUUUAGUGGUUUCUACUCCCCCCAACAUCACUCUGGGAUCUUUCCAGUCAUUCGUUCCCGAGAAAAGUGCCCUGUUAGGCGAGAAAAAGCUUCCUGCGGACUCAUGCAAACAGAUUCAUGAUGCAAGUCUCGCGAGCAACAAACCGCGUGCUAAGAAUGGCGUUUACUGGAUCAAGACAGACCUCCAAGGCAGCUCGUCUGUGCAGACUUACUGCGACAUGCAAAACGGUGGCUGGACCCUUGUCGGCAAAAUCAGCGGACAUGUGGGCAACAUUUACGAUAAAUGGUUGGUGUCUAAGCACAACACUGCCUCCCUGAAGUCUCCAAAGAUCACAGGACAGAAACAGUUUGCUUGCUUUGACGCGCGCAGCUUAGCAGUAGAUGAAUCGUCCACAGUCCUGUUGUCCAGCGGUGAGAGGAUGGAUGGGUUGGGGAGCAAGUGGGUCAUGUGGAGGUUGCCUGGUGGCAGGGAAAAAGACUCGUUUUGGCGCAAUUCUGUUGGACCAUCAACUGUAAAGGCUGCUGUACAAACACCCGUCAUGGUGUACGCUUGGAAUGGAAACAAAAAGGUAACAGCAUUGAUGAUAAGAACUUGCCUUUCCUUUGUCGAAAAUAUGCUGCACUGGGGGUUCCAGGGGGAUUGGAAAGGGCCCUCCCCACCCCUUCCCUAAAAGUCUGAAUCCGCCACUGACCAGUGUCCUUUAAGCCCAAGUUGUGGAGUGGAUAGCGUUAUCUACUGGACAAAUUUCUAUCCAGUGAAUAACGCAAUUGUUUCCCCUAUACUUUUCAUUUAACAAUUUAUUGAAUAAGGCUGAGUAUAAUCAGCUCGGUUUCAAGAUUUUUUCUUCUUGCAGAUACUCAUCAAAAAGUAGAUAAAAUCCGACAGCCUCGUUUCUAGGGAAAUAUACCAUAAAUCAACCACGUUACCAAGCGAAUAUACCAUCGAAUCGAUGGUAUAUUGCUCGUAUCUUCCAUAUUUCAUCAACGACGGCUAAUUAUGAAGAAUUUUCCUGGGAGAAAUGAGCCAAUCAGAAACGGUGAAAUAUUUUGAAUGAAUAAUAAAAUGAUUUACCCGGUGAAUAGCACUAUCCAACGCUAAAGAGGAGAUCUAAAGGAGGGCUUGUCGCUUUUAAACUCGGUUGCAAAAUCACUUGACGGAAGAGAAUAGUCAGCCCUGCAAUUCACACUCUAUCUCAAAGUACAUCUAUCGAGUGGUGCACAAAAUACGUAGUUUAUCACAAACAGUCAACUCAAAACAGCUUUCUGUAGGUCUCUUGCUGAUUUUUUUUCUCCUACCGUAGAUCUGUUACCACAACAAGUUUGGGAUAAUGCCUCUUGCUGGCCAUGGAGGUUCGUAUCCUUACGCCUCUUACAACACUGCAGGCAACACCGCCACAAACGACUACUGUAUGUCUGUUGGGGUCAUGACUAAAGGAUCCACUGCGCAUGGCUGGUCCCAGAAUGCCAAUGGUUACGACAGUCCAAGCAGUGAUUCUGAUUGGCCGAACAGGUCAUACAACCACCAGUCUCCACACCUGACGGUCUGGCUCAAGUAACCGUGGUUACAUUACAAGAUUUGCUUUGCAUUGCGAGUUAACAGAAGAGUAAUAUUUGGUAAAAGGGUACUAGUUUAUGAGCGGUGGAAAAUAAUUUUGCAUUUUCGGAUUUUGCUCUUAUGAUAAGGGAUCGUUUCUGUUAAGAGAAAGACGUUCUUAUUAUAUGAGAGUAAAUUGAGAGUUCUUGAAAACUUUCUGUAAUCUUAAGGGUAUCUUAAAGGUAUUAAGAAAAUGGGGAAGAUGGAAAAUACGAAAACGUAAAAGUGCUUUGGAAUUAGUCAAGCCUGUGCUGUGUUAAGCUACCAAUAAAGAAAAAACAACAACAACAACAACAGCAAUAAAAGGGUGCUGGGU